CAGCGUUUUUUUUUUCUAUUUGAUUCCUUUUUAAAAAUGUAGUUUUUUAUAUUAAAUUGUUAAUCUUUUUGCUCUGAUGAUGAAGUAGGAGUAGUAGUGAAAAACCAAGCAAAACGCCCCCAAUCCCCAAUGCUCAGAUUCUUCGCCCAUUCAUCUUUUUACUUUGGUUUUUGAGCAAUCGCCACACAAAUCCAUAGAUACCCAGAGAAUAAUCAACCAUGAAGAGAGACAAUAAUCAUCUGCAACACAACCCAUCCUCUUCCCUCUGCGGUGGUUCUUCGGCCGGAAAGGCGAAGCUCUGGGAGGAAGAAGCCGCCCAACAAGACUGCGGAAUGGAUGAGCUCUUGGCGGUUCUGGGUUACAAGGUCAAGACUUCGGACAUGGCCGAAGUGGCCCAGAAGCUUGAGCAGUUGGAGGAAGUUAUGUGUAUUGCUCAGGAUGAUGGGAUUUCGCAUCUUGCUUCUGAAACUGUUCAUUUUAAUCCUUCCGAUCUUUCGACUUGGCUCGAAAGUAUGCUUUCGGAAUUUAACCCUCCAUCUAGUUUUGACCCUUUUGGUGCUGCUGGAACGACGGCGGGUGUGAUGGGUACUUUAGAUGAUCCUUUCGUCGGUGGCCCGGCUGAGUCGUCUACUUUAACUACGUUGGAUAUUGAGAACAACAAUCGGAAACAUCAGAAACGUGGGCCACAUAUCUUAGAUGAAGCUUCCUGCUCGGAUUAUGAUCUCAAAGCCAUUCCCGGUAAGGCUAUUUAUUCUCAAGACACCCAAACUCAACCCCAGACUCACGAUUCGUCGUCGUCUUCAACCCACAACAACAACGUUAAAUCCGAAAAACGUUUGAAAUCCACAUCCGGGUCGCACUCGGGUAUCUUCUCUCCUCCUCCGCCUGCUGCUGUUUCCUCUGGAAUUCCGACUGAUUCAGUUCGUCCCGUUGUCCUUGUCGACUCACAAGAAAAUGGAAUCCGACUCGUUCAUGCUUUGAUGGCAUGUGCAGAAGCUGUGCAGCAAAACAAUCUAAAUCUGGCCGAAGCUUUGGUGAAACAAAUUGGGUUCUUAGCGAUCUCUCAAGCUGGGGCUAUGAGGAAAGUGGCUACGUAUUUCGCCGAAGCAUUAGCUCGAAGGAUUUACAGACUAUAUACUCAAAAUCCACUCGACCACUCUUUAUCAGACGUUCUUCACAUGCACUUUUACGAGGCUUGCCCUUAUCUCAAGUUCGCUCAUUUCACAGCUAACCAAGCGAUUCUCGAGGCUUUUGAAGGUAAAAAACGCGUCCAUGUUAUCGAUUUUUCGAUGAACCAAGGCAUGCAAUGGCCUGCUUUGAUGCAAGCUUUAGCGUUAAGAGCCGGUGGUCCGCCGGCUUUUAGGUUAACUGGGAUCGGGCCUCCUAGCCACGACAACUCGGAUCAUUUGCAGGAAGUUGGCUGGAAGUUGGCUCAGUUAGCUGAAAAGAUUCACGUUGAGUUCGAGUAUCGUGGGUUCGUCGCUAAUUCUUUGGCCGAUUUGGAUGCUUCAAUGCUUGAUCUCAGGCCGAGUGAAGUUGAAGCGGUUGCCGUUAACUCGGUUUUCGAGUUACAUAAAUUGUUGGCUUGGCCCGGUGCCAUUGACAAAGUCUUCUCCGUGGUGAAACAAAUGAAACCCGAAAUUGUUACCAUCGUCGAGCAAGAAGCGAACCAUAAUGGCCUGGUUUUCCUAGACCGGUUCACCGAGGCAUUGCAUUAUUACUCGACGCUGUUCGAUUCGUUGGAAGGGUCGGUGAGUUGUCAGGACAAGGUCAUGUCGGAGGUGUAUCUGGGGAAACAGAUUUGUAAUGUGGUGGCCUGCGAAGGCGCGGACAGAGUCGAGAGGCACGAGUCGUUGACUCAGUGGAGAAACCGAUUCGGUUCCGCCGGGUUCUCACCUGUUCACCUGGGUUCCAACGCGUUCAAGCAAGCCAGCAUGCUCCUCGCCCUGUUCAACGGAGGGGAAGGGUACGGUGUCGAGGAGAACAACGGGUGUUUGAUGCUGGGAUGGCAUAAUCGCCCACUCAUAACAACCUCAGCUUGGAAGCCCGCCAUCGAAACCACCGCAACUUCCACCAUUACCAACUGAAGACCAACCGAGUCGACUCAACGAGUCAUCCGAACUCAAUGUCUGGUCCCUAGUACGGAACCCUUGUCUUUAAUUAUCUGUCAAUGUUGGUCUCAGAACUGGCUGCCUUUCCCGGUUUCCUACCCCUUUAUUAUCAUCAUUUUUCUAUUUUUCUGCUUAGGUUAAUUUUCUUUCAAGUUCAUAUUUUGAGAAAUAUUUUUGUAAUUUUCAGGGUGAAGUCGAAAAUGGGUUAAUGUA